UCUUUUCUCAAUGCGAGAGGAAAAAGGCUUCCAGUAAACAAAACGAUGAAAUUUAAGUGAGAAAAGUUGAAAAAAAGUGAAGAAAAAACUUAACAUUAAGUUGAUGAAAAGUAUGUCUUGCAAUUAUUAAAGCAGAGAAAACAAGACACAACGAGAAAGGAAGAAACAGAAACGGACGUGAAAUUGUUUCUUACAACAAUAAUAAAAAGUGAUAAGACGAGAAGAAAAGAGUGUGCUGUAGAAUCGGAGAGAAGCAUAUUGUGUUGAACAAGUUUAUUGUUAAAAAAACAAUAAAAUGAAGUGCUAUAAAUGUCAUAUCUUAAUGCCAACAACUUGGCGUUUUUGUAGCUGUUUAAAAACACCAACAACAACAACUAUGGCAACAGCUACAAAAACAAGAACACUAACAUUAACACCUACAGCCAGCUCUACCUUUCUACGAAUUUUUAUGUUACUUUUAUUUCUGCUGUUUCCAACACAAAAUGCAUUAGCUCGACUUCAUUCCUCCUCAGCGUCAUUACAUGGCCUGGGCUCACCCGGUGCUGGCAAUAUUAUUGGUGGCGGCAGCAUUGGUGGUGGUGGUUCCGGUAUGGGUGGUUCAUUAUCCUCUAAAGAUGCACACGUAAAAACAAAAGAUAUUGAAGCUGUAGAGGGUAAAUCAGUGUCACUACCAUGCCCCAUAUCGGCACCAUUGGAUGAUGUUUAUAUGGUCCUAUGGUUUCGUGAUAAUGCCGGCAUACCAUUAUACAGCUUUGAUGUACGAGAUAAAAUGAACAGUGACCAGGCACGGCAUUGGUCAGCGCCAGAAGUGUUUGGUUCACGUGCCAAAUUUCAUUUUGACUCUCAGCCAGCAACAUUGGAAAUUAAGGAUAUCAAACGUCAUGACCAAGGCAUCUAUCGUUGUCGCAUUGACUUUCGUACUAGUCAAACACAAAGCUUCCGUUUCAAUUUAUCAGUCAUAAUUCUUCCAGAACAACCCAUUAUAUUAGAUCGAUGGGGUCGUCAACUAAAUGGUACAAAAUUAGGGCCAAAACAGGAAGGUGAUGAUAUUGUUAUUACCUGUCGUGUGGUGGGAGGACGCCCCCAGCCACAAGUGCGAUGGCUUGUAAAUGGUCUACUGGUCGACAACCAAUAUGAACACAAUUCCGGUGAUGUUAUCGAGAAUCGUUUACUCUGGCCAUCAGUUCAACGUACUGAUUUAAAUUCCGUAUUCACAUGCCAGGCAUUGAAUACGCAAUUAGAUAAACCCAAGGAAAAAAGUUUCAUCUUGGAUAUGCAUUUAAAACCGCUUGAAGUGAAAAUUAUUGAACCGCCCAACUCGAUGGUGGCUGAUAGACGUUAUGAAGUUACAUGUGAAUCAACCGGUUCUAGACCAAAUGCCAUUAUAACCUGGUAUAAAGGAAAAAGGCAAUUACGACGAACGAAGGAUGACAUUUCCAGCAAUACAACACGUUCUGAAUUGAGUUUUGUGCCAACAACAGAUGAUGAUGGUAAAUCGAUAACAUGUCGAGCAGAAAACCCAAAUGUCAAUGGUUUAUAUUUAGAAACCAUGUGGAAAUUGAAUGUAGUAU